AUGAGUUUGACAAACAUGCUCAACAAGCUGCACGGCCAGCCCGAUAGCUAUGAUCGCAAAUCUCGAUACCGCUUCGGAAAGACACUGGGCGCUGGAACAUACGGUAUUGUCCGAGAAGCUGACUGUCCCGAGGGCAAGGUCGCCGUGAAGAUCAUCUUGAAGAAGAAUGUGCGCGGCAACGAGCAAAUGGUCUACGAUGAGUUGGAGAUGCUGCAGCGAAUGAAGCACCCUCACAUUGUCAAGUUCCACGACUGGUUUGAGUCGAGGGACAAGUACUACAUCGUGACCCAAUUGGCGACUGGUGGAGAGUUAUUCGAUCGUAUUUGCGAAAAGGGCAAGUUUACAGAAAAGGACGCCGCUGAGACGAUCCGACAAGUACUCGAUGCAGUCAACUACCUACACCAGAACAAUGUUGUUCACAGAGAUCUUAAGCCAGAGAACCUCCUCUACCUCACACGCGAUGCGAACUCAUCCCUCGUCCUUGCUGAUUUCGGUAUCGCCAAGAUGCUCGACUCGAAGAGUGAAGUCUUGACUACUAUGGCUGGCUCUUUCGGAUACGCUGCCCCUGAGGUCAUGCUCAAGAAAGGCCACGGGAAGCCCGUUGACAUGUGGUCCAUGGGCGUUAUCACAUACACUCUUCUGUGUGGUUACUCGCCGUUCCGGUCAGAGAACCUUGCGGAUCUGAUUGAGGAAUGCAAGAACGGCCGCGUCAUCUUCCACGAGCGAUACUGGAAGGAAGUGAGUCCGGAAGCCAAGGAGUUCAUCAAGAAGCUGCUGGAACCCGACCCAAACAAGCGACCGACUAGUGAAGCUGCUCUCAAGCACGUUUGGCUCAGCGGAAGCACUGCUACGGACCACAACUUGGUGCCAGAAAUCAAGGCAUACGCAGCAAAGGCCCGCCUCAAGCGCGGCAUCGAGCUCGUCAAGCUUGCAAACCGUAUCGAGGCGCUCAAGAUGCAAGAAGACGAGGAAGAGGAUGUACCCGGAGAGGCAGACAUGCCUGCUAAUGCCCGCGAAGCUGCAGGUGAAGCCAUUGCAUCACAUUCAGCGGACAAGGGCCUAGCGACCAACGAGAAUGCAAGCACAGGAAAGGGACCCGGACGCUUGAGCAGAAUUGCCAAGGGAGCCAUCUUCCGAGAAGUUGUACUAGCCAAGGUGCGCGAGAUGAAGGAGCAGGAGGCGCGUGCGGAGUUCGAGAAGAAGGCGUCGGAGCCCGUGAAGAAGUGA